AGUGUCGCUUCACUCACCCUCGCCUCCCUGGCAAACGGCAGCUUCAGAGCCGCCAACAACGUGGGAAGACGCAUUCGCCGUGGUCUAGAUGAACACAUGCGUUCAAACAGUUUGUUUUUAAGACUCGUUUUUCUAAAAAAAAAAGAGGUAUUUUAAGGUGUUAUUAUCAUAAUUUUUUUGCAAAACGUAUAUGUCAAUUUAAAUACACCUCGUAUUUAAUGUUUCUUCCUGUCUCUGGCUUUUGGGCAUGGGGCUAGAGAGACGAGUUUUCAAAUCAAGGCUGUGCGUGCAUUAACAAAGGCAAAGACAAAGAUCCCCCGCAUAGCCUCGGUAGACUUUUGGGGCAAGGGCUGUUCGCGAGCACCUUUUAAACAUUAAUAGAGACAUCGCUACACAUCCCCCCCCACCCCUUGUCGAGCUUUAACUGACUGUUGGUGCAAGUGCUGCGAUCAUUAACAGAGAUAAAAACGCUCACACACACACAAGGGUGCGCAGUAGAUCCCACCACCACCCCCCCUCUCUCCCAUCUACCCACCGCGAACGGACGAGGCAACCAGCGGUGCGCUGGGACAAGAAUGGGGUCUUUGAACGCCUUCCAGAUCGCGCUGAUGUGCGUGCUUCUCGCACACAAGACGGCUUUGGCGCAGGGCGGCUUGCGCACCGUGACCGUGCGGGUCUUCCUGGACGUGUCCGUGGGCGGGGAGCCGGCGGGCCGCGUGGUGCUGGGCCUCUACGGCCACACCGUGCCCCGUACAGUCGAGAACUUCGUGGCGCUCGCCGAUCCGACUCGUGGGCCCAAGAACGGCUACAAAGGCUCGCGGCUCCACCGCAUCAUCAAGGGCUUUGCCAUCCAGGGCGGUGACUUUGAAAAAGGCGACGGCUCGGCGGGUUUCAGCAUCUACGGGAAACACUUCGACGACGAAAACUUCCGAGUGAAGCAUUCGCCGUUCUGCAUCGGCAUGGCCAACAGCGGAGAGAACAGCAAUGGCAGCCAGUUCUACAUCACGACGGCACCCACCGCGUGGCUCAACUACCGUCACGUGGUGUUCGGCCGCGUGCUCACGGGCAGACACGUGGUGCGCGUCAUCGAGGCAGUUCCCACGGAUGAGAACGACGUUCCCGUCAAGGAGGUGCUCAUCGUCAACUGCGGGAUCGAGGAAUCGACUGCUGAAGAUCCGGAAACGGAUGGAGCUCAAGACCUUUGAUCCCUAGCAGCGGUUCGCCCUGGUUGCCCGGCUAGAUUUGCCACUUGUUUUCGGGGGAGAAGAGCGGGGUGAUGACCGUCUCAUAAUCUGUAGAACACGGUAAUAAGUCCAGAGGUGGGACAAAGUCAUUGUUAUGCAAGUCCAAGUCGAGUCUGAAGUCAUCAAAUUCAUGACUCGAGUCUGACUCGAGUCCAAGUCACAUGACUCGAGUCCACACCUCAGAGGUGGGACAAAGUCAUUGUUAUGCAAGUCCAAGUCGAGUCUGAAGUCAUCAAAUUCAUGACUCGAGUCUGACUCGAGUCCAAGUCACAUGACUCGAGUCCACACCUCUGGUAAUAACACCCGCAAUAUUAACCAGGGCGGACGCUGAGCUCGAACCAAAAAACACGCUACCGCUAAUGGCUAUGGAGGGCAAGGGGGAAGUGGGUUAGGGGGGGGGGGGUUGAAAUGUUAACAAGGUACGGCGCGCGUGCGUGCGCGUGCGUGCGAUGGCAUCUUCACACGGCCAUCGGCGCGUUUAAACAAUCAUCUUGGAGCGUGGAGUGAGUCAAUUUGUAUUUGAGUGGGAAGGGCUUGAGGACUGGAGUUGUUUGGGAAACGCUGCGUUAUAUUGUCGAGGACAAGGCUGGUUCCUCUCUCUCUCUCUCCCUCUCUCUCGUCGACAAAGACAAAGAUGCCCCGUGUAGCCUGCAACAGACUGUCGGGGCAAGUGCUGUUAGCGAGUAGUAGCGCAUAUGAUGGGCGGCACGGCACACGAGUGAGUGGGUGGCCAGCACCACGCCCGGCCGCCUUUGUCUCCCCAGUAGCGAUGUUUACUACACACCACCGCACCAGGUAUUAAUCUGAGGAUGCUGCUAAUCCUGCAUAAUGCACGGGCAUAAUGACUUAAAACCCCCCGCCAAACCUCCUACGCAUUUCACAAGUAGUACAAAUCGCAUAUCUGCAUUUCCCAUAAAUAUGCUAAACUCCUCUUGAUAUGCAAAUUAUUUUGUCAAGGCGCUCUUCCCCCCUCCAUCCCAGCUUAAAUAGUCGCUCCAAGCCUGGGGUGUGUCAUUCAGACUCCGUCUUCUCGACAGACCUGUUCUCCACCUGAGGACGGCUGCUUGCGUUGUGGCCCAUACGUGGUGAGAAUUAUUUUAUUAUGUUUUAUUAUUAUUAUUUUAUUUUUUCCAUUCUACGUGGCUUUACCGAAAGAUCCAAGAAGAUUAAUCUGAGGAUCGUCCAUCGGCGGUCAUAUUAUUACAAUACAGUCGAGUAUUAAUGAUCAUUCAUCCUCUGUCCCCGUGUUUUGAAAAACCACGCUCAGAUCCUGCUGUUAAUUGCAAUAUCGUCUGGAUUUAAGAGGAAGAAGAAUUAAAAAAACAGCUGCAAUGUGUGAAAUGCUAAUGCCACGAAGGCGAACGCUAAGGAAUGUGUUGCAGCGUGCCUGAGCGAUGCUAAUGGCUUUGCCGGCCCUUGGCUCUGAACAAAAGAAAAAUCGGAGAAUAAAUAACGGGACCAAAACAUGCGAGCGGGUCGUUCAUUUGCCCGAGGCGUAAAUAACGCGCUUCAAAUAUUUCCCUAUUCAUCCGGAUUAUGGAACGCUCCGCAAAAUCGGAAGUCGCGACCCAAAAAUGUGUGGCCCGAUGUACAAUAAAGGAAUAUACGCCAAUCGGGGCAUUGGUGAGUCACAAAGACAAAGACACUUCCCGUGUCGCCUGUGUCAGACUGCUGGGGCAAGUGCUGUUUGCGAGCACCUAUGAAGGCCGGCACGGUACACGAGGGGGUGGGUGGCCAGCUACCACGCCCGGCCGCCUUUGUCUCCCCAGUGGCGACGAUCUUUACACACUACACCAGGUACUCAUUUGAGGCUGAGUCGAACUAGGGGAGGCCCACGACCGGUUCAGAUAAUCGUCACUGGUGUUGGCCGUGAGCGGGAAUCGAACUCGGGUCGCCGGGUUCGUAGCGCAGCGUAGCGCUAACCACUACACUUUGUGGAUCACACGCAGAGAUGUUGUGACACUCCUUUACCGUCAACGAGGAGGUCGGUGCCAUACCCCUGGCUGGCCAGGAGAAGGCGGUACAGCAAGUGGGACUAAUCUGCUUACAUCUGUCGGUAUGUGUGUGUGUGUGUUCAACUUCUUUUGCACCGUACGUAGCCAACCAUGCUCAUGGGAGGUGCGCGAAAAUCGGGGAUAGAGUGUUGCACCCUCGCGCAAGGCGUGGGUUUUCUCCGGGUGCUCCGGUUUCUUCCUCCG